GCUCUGACUUGGCAACGUUGGCGUUUGACUUGACUCACCCGGGCUUGCCUCUGCCAAUACGAGGUCUUGCCUGCUGUGGGGCAACGACCUCUGUCUUCAGUAAGGUGCACUUCACGUAUACCAACACCUACAUCACUUCGGAAUCCUCCACCACCAAUCAGCUUCAGUUUUAUGUCAACAACCAGCGCUCGCUGACAUUGAUGCAAAAGCCGACGGGAGUUUCAACCGGGAACGUUGGCGGAGCACUGCAUGGACUUUGGUAUGCUGACCACAUGUUGCACAUCUCUGACCGUCGGCUGAAGAAGAGCAUCCACCCCUUGGCCGCGGGCCUCGACGAGAAGGCCUCAGCUGCAGGUGCGUUCGCCAGUGACGGUCAAGGAGCUGCCUGGAUCCUGCGGCAGCUGCGACCGGUGUCCUACUACUUCAAGCGCGACACCGAAGCCAAGCAUCCGCGUUUCGGAUUCAUUGCGGAUGAGGUGGCGGAAACCCUGCCGGAGGUUAUCCAGGAGUCGACGGACGAGCAGAAGAUCAAGGGUAUUGCCUACCAGGAGAGCCAUGGAGAGCCAUGGAGAGCCUGA